AUGUUAAAAAUUCAUCAUAAUAGUGCUGCUUGUGGGGGGAUCAGUGAUCCCUACGAUCUGCCCUGCGGACACACCUUUUGCUUAAGGCCAUGUCUGCUGCCAUAUGCCAAAACAGAGACGGUACGUUGCAUCUACUGUCAUGAGGAGUUUGAUGCCUCGGCACUGCGGCCCAACUACGCCGUUGGAGCAAGGCUCUGCCUGAUCGCCUUGCAGCGUGACCAAGAGCAGAAGAGGGGUCAAACACAGGAGCGGGUGGUGGAAGAUGGAGGGAAAGGUGAGGAAGAGGAACUGGUUGAUGAAAGAGGGGAUGGAGGAAAUGCACGCAUAUUGACGCGGUGCAGCACCUGUCGGAGUCAGACUCAGGCUAAACUAUUGACCUUUUGCCACCAUUGCUAUCGUCGAAUCUGUGUGAAUUGCCAUGCGAAACAUCGAGAUAGUUACGUCGAAAGGCUGCGUGUGAAAUUGAGUCCUCUAUCGUUGAGCAAAGCGAAUCUAGAGUCGCAGCUGUCGAAGUUGAAGUCAACUCUGGGAAUAGGGAAGGGUACGAGGGGCAGCAUCUUGAGUGCCGUGGAAAACGCGGCGAUUGAACUGCGUACAGCGGCAGACAAAGCUCUGGAAGCCGCUACCACAAAAUUAGAUGUGGCUGUUAAUGCUGAUUUUAAAAUUGCGGAUGAAGUGCUUUGCCGUAUAACAAACCUUUCUGUCAAGGUCGCCAGAGCAAAGGAUAUCUCUACGUCAAUAACAGACUUG